AUGAGCUUCCAAAACUACGACUCGUUCCAGGGCAAUGCGGCCGGUGAGCAACCCGGUGCGCCCGGUGGUGCUGGUGCCCCCGCGCAGCAGCCUGACAUGGGGCAGCCCAUCGAGAGCGCUGCUGGCGGUUUCCAGGGCGCCAAUAUGGGCGCGCCAGGCGGAGCUGGGCCCGGACAACAGGGUGGCGACGCGAAGACGACUCUCUGGAUGGGUGAGCUCGAGCCCUGGAUCGACGAAAAUUUUGUCCGCAGCAUUUGGUACAACAUGGGCGAACAGGUCAACGUCAAGAUGAUCCGUGACAAGUUCUCGGGAAGUAACGCUGGAUAUUGCUUCGUCGAUUUCGCAACUCCCGCUGCUGCUGAAAAGGCUCUCAGUCUCAAUGGACAGCUGAUCCCCAACUCGAACCGCCCCUUCAAGCUCAACUGGGCAUCUGGUGGCGGCCUCGCCGAUCGCAGCCGCGAUGAGCGCGGUCCCGAGUACUCCAUCUUCGUUGGCGAUCUCGGCCCAGAGGUCAACGAGUUCGUCCUGGUCCAGUUGUUUCAAAACAAAUUCCCGUCCUGCAAAUCUGCCAAGAUCAUGUCGGAUCCCAUCAGCGGAAUGUCUCGCGGCUACGGCUUUGUUCGCUUCGCCAACCCAGAUGAGCAACAGCAAGCGUUGACCGAGAUGCAAGGUGUUUACUGCGGUAACCGCCCUAUGCGUAUCUCUACUGCCACGCCUAAGAACAAGAGCGGCGGACCGGGUGGCCCCGGUGCUAUGAACAUGCAGCCUGGUGGCGGUCCUCUCGGCAUGUACUCCAUGGGUGCCCCACCAAUGGGAUACUACGGCGCCCCGCAACCCAUGAACCAGUUCACUGAUCCUAACAACACCACUGUUUUCGUCGGCGGCCUCUCUGGAUAUGUUACCGAGGAUGAGCUCCGUUCAUUCUUCCAAGGCUUCGGCGAGAUCACCUACGUCAAGAUCCCUCCGGGCAAGGGCUGCGGCUUCGUCCAGUUCGUUCAGCGUCACGCCGCUGAAAUGGCCAUCAACCAGAUGCAGGGCUAUCCCAUCGGCAACUCUCGCGUUCGUCUCUCUUGGGGACGAAGCCAGAACAACUCCGGCCCAGCUGGUACUCCGUACAGGCCCGCUCCUCCCCCUCCAGUCUACCCCGCCAUGGGCAUGCCGCCAACUCACCCUUACGGAAAUUUCGCUCCCAUGAAGGUGGGUGAUCUAACAGACUCACCAAGUAUCUGA